AUGAUUGACAUAGCCGCCAUUUUCCCGCUGGACGCUUGUUCCCAUUGUGGAUACAAGGAAGAAAUACUGACACGGCUAGUCAAGCUAAACAUUUCUCACAUCGUUUAAAACCGCUUUUGGUGUAGGUGAUUUUUUUUUGGAGCCAUGGCCCGUACUAAGCAGACAGCCCGUAAAUCUACUGGAGGCAAAGCCCCACGUAAGCAGCUGGCCACCAAAGCUGCCCGCAAGAGUGCCCCUUCAACUGGUGGGGUCAAGAAGCCCCAUCGCUACAGGCCCGGUACCGUGGCCCUGCGUGAGAUCCGUCGGUACCAGAAGUCCACUGAGCUGCUGAUUCGCAAGCUGCCCUUCCAGCGCCUCGUGAGGGAAAUCGCACAGGACUUCAAGACCGACCUGCGUUUCCAGAGCGCGGCCAUUGGAGCCCUUCAGGAGGCCAGCGAGGCUUACCUGGUGGGUCUGUUCGAGGACACCAACCUGUGCGCCAUCCAUGCCAAGCGUGUCACCAUCAUGCCCAAAGACAUCCAGCUGGCACGCCGUAUCCGCGGGGAGCGUGCUUAGACGGGCGACCCCCCCCCCCCCCCUCGAUUCACCCCCUCUCUCCUGUCUGUCUUUCCCUCCCUUUGACGCCCUCUGUUCUUAUGUUGGUAGUGACUAGAGAAAUAAUGAUUAUAAUGAAAAUAAUGUGUAGAGUCGUGUUUUCUUAGUGCUUUCGGCAGCAGGCUACGAUAGGGUACUUUCUUUGGUGCAUGUACCUGUCUGUUGCUGGUCAGACCCUGCACCCAACACCUAAUGUGGACGCCUCUCCAACCAUGGCCACGCUCUUCAGCGCUGCAGAUAGAAAUUACACAAGUAGAGCCGCGUUUGCUUGUUUUCCGCUCACUGUGGAGGCGUGACCUCUCUAUGUAGUGUCUUUCCACCUGAUCGUCUUUACAAGCACGCUGUGUUGCGAAUGACUGGCCACCGCCGGGCCGUUGUCACGGUGAAAUGGCGAGAGGCUCGUGGGAAUAAAUAUAAUGUAGGCUUUUGUCUGCAGAGGAGGGGAGUAACUCCUUUCGGUGGAUGCAUGAACAGCCCUAGUGUCCUCCCUCCCGACCCCCACACUGCCAGCGAAAAGAGAGCUGGUAUCUUUCAAAGCAACGUGGAGGUGUGUUAGUCCCCUCUGCCUUCUGUGUGAGUGUAGAUUCUGAUCAGCACGGCAAAAUUGUAUACACUUCAAAAACAUCUCUGGAGCAAUUGUUUUAUAAUUACAAUAUUGAUCAUCACUGUCGUGGUUGUGUUGACAAUUUAUUUCUUUUUUUAUUGCGUAUACACGUUUUUUCAUAAUGGAAUGAUGUUUGUGAAUAAAUCAAUGACAUGAAGAUGGGAGUGAGCGGGGUUCGAAAACAUUUUGUACAGAAAAACAAAUCCACGUAAGCUAUGGUUUCUACAGGUGUAGAAGCUUGUGAUUUAUUUUGGCUGGGGACUCUUAAAAUAAAAUGUUUGCUCUCAUUUCAUUGCUUAUCUGAUUAAUGCUAUUGUGUCUUCUCUUCAUCUUUGACAUUUGGAUUCUUGAUUUAGUAAUUUGAGACACCAUCUUUGGGAUUACUUCGGAGGGGCAUUGUUGGGAGGUUUAUGGAUCUUUGGUCAAUGCUCACCUUUAAAACAAAACUAGAGUAACUGGUUAAGCUGUUAAAGUAAACAUGUAUGUGCAUGUAAUGUGAGCUAAAAAUGAAAAUGGGAUGUUCAGGGACUUGUAGACCUCCACCAUUCACUUCACUCUCCAGAUACUACACAUGUGUAACGUUUCUCAGGUUGACGUGUCGCCCUUUUAACUUAAAUCAUUUUUAUUUCAUUAUUUGAAUUUGAAAUGUUGAGAUGUUAAAAUUAAACUAUGUUUGUAAUUUCCAGAUUUCUCAUAUAAGGUUGUAAUAAAUGGAUGUUACACAUGUA